GUGUUUGUGAACGACACCCCGGUGACGACCAUCUCCGAGGGUGGCAGCUUCGGCGAGCUGGCGCUCAUCUACGGCACACCGCGCGCCGCCUCCAUCCAGGCGAAGACGGACGUGAAGCUGUGGGCCAUUGACCGGGACACCUACCGCCGCAUACUGAUGGGCCAGUUCAUCAAGAAGCGCAAGAUGUACGAGGAGUUCCUCUCCAAGGUCAAGAUUCUCGAGAGCCUCGACUACUACGAGCGCCUAACGGUCGCGGACGCACUCACUCCGGUGGAGUUCAACGACGGCGACAUUAUCACGAACCAGGGCGAAGCGGGCGACGAGUUCUACAUCAUCGAAGAGGGCACUGCGAUUGUCCUGCAGCGUCGCUCCGAGGGCACGCCCCUGGAGGAGGUGGGCCGCCUGGGUCGGUCGGACUACUUCGGCGAGAUCGCCCUUCUCUUCAACCGACCGCGGGCGGCGACGGUGAAGGCGCAGGGCCCGCUGAAGUGUCUGAAACUGGACCGGGACUGCUUUGAGCGCCUCCUCGGCCCCUGUGCGGACAUUCUCAAGCGAAACAUGGAGAACUACAACUCGCUCAUCUCACUUUCAGUUUAA